AUGGAUUCCAGCCUCCACCCUCUCCAGGGUAUGUACAGGCCCAACGCCCUCAAGGGACUGUACUACGGCCCGGAGGUGGUGCAGAAACACAUCCUCUCGGCGCUGCCGACGGAGAAAUCCAAGGCGUUUAUCAUCACGGGCAAUUCGCUGGCGACCAAGACCCCGCUCAUCAAAGGACUCGAGGAGCUCUUGAAGACCGGAAACCACCACGCCGGCACGUUUAGCAACAUCCGCGAGCACGCGCCCGUGGCGCAGCUGGACGAGGCGACGGCCAUCGUCAAGAGUGACAGUACCAUCGACACCAUCAUCUCGGUCGGGGGCGGGUCGCCCAUCGACAGCGCAAAGGCCAUCGUGUACCGCGUGCACGAGACGGCGAGCAAGUGGCUCGUCCACAUCGCCAUCCCGACCACGCUGUCCGCCGCCGAGUGUACCGCCAUCGCGGGCUACACGCAGGCCGACGGCACCAAGACGGGCAUCGCCCACCCGAACACGUACCCGGCGUACAUCUUCUACGACCCGAAAUUCGCGCUGCACACGCCGCCGCACCUGUUCCUCUCGACGGGGCUGCGCGCCCUCGACCACGCCGUCGAGAGCCAGUACCACCCGUCGGCGACGUGGGUGCCGUGCCGCAUCGUCGCCCUGAACUCCAUCGCGGAGCUCUUCCGCCUGCUGCCAAAGUACAAGGAAAACCCCCAGGACGAGGACGUCAUGACGGGUUUGCUGCUGGCCGCCUACGCCUCCCUCGGCUUCAUGGGCGGCAACCUCAAGGACGGCCUGGGCCUGUCCCACUCGCUGGGCUACGCGCUCGGCUCGCCCUACGGCAUCCCCCACGGCAUCACCUCGUGCCUGACGCUGGGCCACGUCGUGAAAGUCAAGGCCCGCCAAUCCCCCGAGAACGCCGAGUCCAUCGCCGCCAUCCUGCCGUACACUACGGGUCACGUCGCCGGUGGCAGCAGCGCCGCGGAGAUCUCCUCAACGGGAGAUAAUCUCAAGGACAGCGACCUGGUCGGCGACCGCAUCUUGCAGCUCGUGCGCGACCUCGGCCUCAAAACCACCCUGACCGAGAGAGGUGUGGGGAGGGAUCAACUCGACAUCAUCUGCGCGAGGGCCACGGGCGGGCUGUUGCCCCAGAAGGAGAAGAGUCCGCAGGACGAGAAGGUCCUCGAGGCCGUGAGGGGUUUGGUGGAGAAAUUGUGGUAG